AUGGCAUUUGAUGCUUUACAAGGUUUAUUAACAGAAGAAACAACAGGUUCAGCAGGUGUUUCUGAUACACAAUUACUUGAUAAUGUUUGGCGUCCAGCUGAAGCUUAUCAUUUCUAUAUUCUUGCUCAACGUCAAUUUAAAGCAAAUAAUCCUGAAAGAGCUUUACGAUCUGGUCUUACUCUAACUGAAUAUAAAGAUAUUCUUCCAGUUCAAACAAUUUACAAUCUGAUAGGUAAUUAA